AUGGUGCCCGAAAAUUAUCUUCUCGCCAGUUCGUUGACCGCAGCCAUCCUGUAUGGCGUCAAAGUUCGUGCUAGUCCGAGCUACUCGCGCAUGAUCACCAAAACCCUCGCAGUUUCUCUACUCGCGAUCCUCGUCAAGAUUCUUGAUGGACCGGCAUACCUUUUAGCUGCAUUGAGCUUUGGAGCCUUGGGCGAUGCGUUUCUUGCUUGGGACGCGGAACCGGCAUUUCUAGCAGGCCUCGGAAGCUUCUUGACAUCGCACCUCUUCUACAUCGCCCUUUUCAUGAAAACAGGGGCACAGAGGCUGGUUCUAGAAGACUCAUCGCGCGUCGCUAUAGCUAUCUCAGCUAUUCUGCUUGGGCCCACGAUGUUAACGUUGCUGAUCCCAAGGGUUAACAGCGAACUGCGCUUCCCCAUAUUGCUGUACACUGGCGCAAUUAUGGGCAUGGUCUUUUCGGCAUUGACGAUCGAAAAUGAUAAGAUCGCACUGGGUGCUGUUGUGUUUACGGUAUCUGAUGCCAUCUUGGCCUCUGGCAAGUUUCUUGUGCCUGCAUCAUCUUCGCAUCAAGUCUGGAUGGACUAUGCUGUUUGGAUUCUCUACUACUCGGGACAGUUCAUGCUGGCUAUGGGCACUCUGGAGCAAGCUGGAAUACAAUUGGGCGCAAGCUAA